AUGGACCACAGGAAUGGUUCUGAGGUGUCUGAAUUUCUUCUGCUAGGACUUUCUCAGGUUAAAGAAGUCCAGCUUUUCCUUUUCCUCAUCUUUGUACUCUUCUACUUACUUAUCCUGCCUGGGAACAUCCUUAUUAUUCUUACUAUUAGGAUGGACCCUCACCUGGGCUCCCCAAUGUACUUUUUCCUUGCCAAUCUGGCCUUCCUUGAUAUCUGCUACAGUUCUGUCACGCCACCAAAGAUGUUGGCUGACUUCCUCAGCCAGCACAAAACCAUUUCUUACAGUGGAUGCAUGUGCCAGCUCUUUUUCUUGCAUUUCUUGGGAGCAGCUGAGAUGUUCCUACUGAUAGCCAUGGCCUAUGACAGGUAUGUGGCCAUAUGUCGACCCCUGCAGUAUAUGUACCUUGUAAACAGAAGCAUGUGCUGCAUUUUGGUGGGUGCAUCAUGGGCUGGAGGAUUUGUUCAUGCUAUUAUCCUUGUCACCCUGACUCACCACCAGCUCUCCUUCUGUGGACCCAAUAUUUUAGACAACUUCUUCUGUGAUGUCCAUCAAGUCAUCAGGCUGGCCUGUUUUGAUACUCACAAGGUGGAAGUCCUGACUUUCAUCAAUAAUGGGCUGGUUAUAUUAACAACCUUUCUACUUUUGCUCAUUUCAUAUGCUGUACUUUUGAUCAAAUUAAGAACUAGUGCAACAUAUGGGAGGAGUAAAGCUUCCUCCACCUGUGUCACACACAUCAUUGUUGUCUUUGUGAUGUUCACCCCAGCCAUCUACCUCUACACACGCCCUUCAGAACCUUUACCCUUGGACAAAGUAGUCGCUGUCUUCCAUACUGUGAUCUUCCCCUUAUUAAACCCAGUGAUCUAUACAAUGAGGAACAAAGAAAUUAAAAGUUCCAUGAAAAAAUUAAUCAAAAGAUACUGUCUCUGGACAACAGACUAA